CCCGCCUCGUAUAAAUUCGAGGGUCGGGAACAGUCUAGCCAUCCUGCGAUUCACAUAUUCUCUUUCAGCGAUCCAAUUCAAAGCGUUUCUACCGAAUUUUUGUAGCUUCUAGUCCUCAGCAAUGGCCCUCGCCACAAGCAGCAGCAUUGCGGUAAUUCCUUCCUCGCUCUCUAAAACUCCUCUCGGAGGAGCCUCCGCCUACAAGUCUCGAUCCGGUCGCUCCUUGGGAUUCUUGCCGCCGGUGAGAGCUUCCUCGGACAAUGGGCGAGGCGAUGGGAUCAGCAGCGUUCUGGACCAGACCAAGAAGGAGAUCACCCGCGAGGAUGUGCUCAAGAACCAGGCAGAGAAUGAGUCGGAGAAGAGGUCCGUGUUUGGAGCGGUGCCAUCGUCCGGAGCAUUGUGGCCUAGGCCUGAGAUUGAGAGGCGGCCAGAGACGGGCGAUCGGUCGUUCGCGAGCUUGAUGGCAUUCGAUGGCGCUGGCCCAGAGACGAUCAACGGCAGACUGGCAAUGGUUGGAAUCUUGUGGGCCUUUGCAGUGGAGAGAAUGACGGGACAAACGGUGGCCGAGCAGCUCUACACGCCAGGCAACUUCGGCUUGUUUAACUUCUUGGCGGUCGCACAGCUCUUUGCUUACGCAUCGCUGGUUCCCAUGUUUAAGGGAGAGAGCCCCGAUAGCCGAUCCUUGGGCCCGUUUAGAGCCAUGGCAGAGCGCUGGAAUGGGCGGACUGCCAUGCUUGGCUUCCUCGCUUUGGUGCUCACAGAAUUCUUCACCAAGACCCCAGUUUUUAACAUGAUGUAAGUGUCAACCUGAGAGUCAAAUUUUUGUUCAUUAAAUUUAUGUUAUAACAUAGUUUUAAUUUUAUUGUUUAUCU